UCUUCCCUCUUGCUGUGUGGCUGGGCUGCAGAAAUGGGUGUGUGAAUCUGUGUGCCAUGCUAUGGUGGGAUGGUCAGUGACCCAGACCCCCAUCUCCCUCUCCCCAAAGCUGCCGAUUGUGGCCUCCUCCAUUGUGUCCUUAUACUUCCUGGAGCUGACCGACCUGUUCAAGCCGGCCAAAGUGGGCUUCCAGUGCUACGACCGCUCGCUGUCCAUGCCCUACGUGGAGACCAAUGAGGAGCUGAUCCCCCUGCUCAUGCUGCUGAGUCUGGCCUUCGCCGCACCUGCGGCCUCCAUCAUGGUCGGCGAAGGCAUGGUCUACUGCCUGCAGUCCCGGCUGUGGGGCCGCAGCCCCGGGGGCUCAGAGGGCACCAUCAACGCGGGCGGCUGCAACUUCAACUCCUUCCUCAGACGCACAGUGCGCUUUGUAGGUGUACACAUGUUUGGCCUGUGUGCCACGGCUCUGGUGACGGACGUCAUCCAGCUGGCCACCGGCUACCACACGCCUUUCUUCCUAACCGUCUGCAAACCCAAUUACACUCUGCUGGGCACUUCCUGUGAGGCCAACCCUUACAUCACACAGGACAUCUGUUCCGGCCACGACACUCAUGCUAUCCUGUCGGCUCGGAAGACCUUCCCGUCUCAGCAUGCCACUCUGUCUGCCUUUGCCGCUGUCUACGUCUCGAUGUACUUCAAUUCGGUCAUCUCGGAUACCACGAAGCUGCUGAAGCCCAUCCUCGUGUUCGCUUUUGCCAUUGCCGCCGGCGUCUGUGGCCUCACGCAGAUCACCCAGUACCGAAGCCAUCCUGUGGAUGUCUAUGCCGGCUUUCUUAUUGGCGCUGGGAUCGCUGCCUACCUGGCCUGCCAUGCGGUGGGCAACUUCCAGGCACCACCUGCAGAGAAGGUGCCCACGCCAGCGCCUGCCAAGGACGCCCUGCGGGCGCUGACGCAGCGGGGCCACGAGUCCAUGUAUCAGCAGAACAAGGCUGUCAGCACAGAUGAGCUGGGCCCUCCGGGGAGGCUAGAGGGUGUGCCGCGGCCCGUGGCUCGGGACAAGACCUCUCUCGGCAGCCUGAAGCGAGCCAGCGUGGAUGUGGACCUGCUGGCCCCACGCAGCCCCAUGGGCAAGGAGGGUAUGGUCACCUUCAGCAACACACUGCCCCGUGUCAACACGCCCUCGCUGGAUGACCCCGCGCGGCGUCACAUGACCAUCCACGUGCCCCUCGACGCCUCCCGUUCCAAGCAGCUCAUCAGUGAGUGGAAGCAGAAAUCACUGGAAGGCCGCGGCCUGGGACUGCCCGAUGAGGGUAGCCCUGUGCACCUGCGGGCCCCGGCAGAGCCCAUGGCAGAGGAAGAGGAGGAGGAGGAAGAGGAGGAGGAAGAGGAGGAGGAGGAGGAGGAGGAGGAGGAGGAAGGACCCGUACCGCCUUCACUCUACCCCACUGUCCAGGCUCGGCCAGGGCUUGGGCCCCGAGUCAUCCUGCCUCCAAGGCCAGGGCCCCAGCCGCUCGUGCACAUCCCAGAGGAAGGCGUGCAGGCUGCAGCUGGCCUGUCACCCAAGAGCAGCUCAUCAGUGCGGGCCAAGUGGCUGUCCAUGGCUGAGAAGGGCGGGGCCCCAGUGGCCGUGGCUCCGUCACAGCCACGGGUGGCCAACCCACCCAGGCUACUGCAGGUCAUCGCCAUGUCCAAGGCAGCGGGGGGCCCCAAGGCUGAGACAGCCUCAUCAUCUAGCGCCAGCUCCGACUCUUCACAGUACCGCUCCCCCUCAGACCGUGACUCUGCCAGCAUCGUCACCAUCGAUGCUCACGCACCCCACCACCCAGUCGUGCACCUGUCUGCGGGCAGCACGCCCUGGGAGUGGAAGGCCAAGGUGGUGGAGGGUGAUGGCUCCUAUGAGCUGGGGGACCUGGCACCCCGCGGCUUCCGAAGCAGCUGCAAACAGCCUGGCAUAGGCCCGGGGUCCCCAGUCAGCGACGUGGACCAGGAGGAGCCCCGGUUUGGAGCUGUGGCCACUGUCAACCUGGCCACUGGGGAGGGUCUGCCCCCACCAGGUGCAAGUGAUGGGGCCAUGGGUGCAGGCAGCCGUGAAUCCACGCUAAGGCGCCAGGUGGGUGGGCUGGGGGAACGGGAAGUGGAGUCCGAGGCCGAGAGUUACUACAGGAGGAUGCAGGCCCGCAGGUACCAGGACUAA